AUGAAGCUGGCGACGGGACUGUGGGUCUGGGGGAGCCUUCUGGUGGCAGCGGGGACCGUCCAGCCCAGCGCUUCUCAGUCAGUGUGCGCAGGGACAGAGAACAAACUGAGCUCUCUCUCUGACCUGGAACAGCAGUACCGAGCCUUGCGCAAAUACUAUGAAAACUGCGAGGUAGUCAUGGGCAACCUGGAGAUCACCAGCAUCGAGCACAACCGGGACCUCUCCUUCCUGCGGUCUAUCCGAGAAGUCACUGGCUACGUACUAGUGGCCCUUAACCAGUUUCGUUACCUGCCUCUGGAGAAUUUACGCAUUAUUCGUGGGACAAAACUGUAUGAAGAUCGCUAUGCUUUAGCGAUAUUUUUAAACUACAGGAAAGAUGGCAACUUUGGACUUCAAGAACUUGGAUUAAAGAACCUGACUGAAAUACUAAAUGGUGGAGUCUAUGUAGACCAGAACAAAUUCCUAUGUUAUGCUGACACUAUACACUGGCAAGAUAUUGUUCGGAAUCCAUGGCCUUCCAACAUGACUCUGGUGUCAACAAAUGGAAGUUUUGGAUGUGGAAGAUGCCAUAAGUCUUGCACUGGCCGAUGCUGGGGACCCACAGAAAAUCACUGCCAGACCUUCUUUAACUAUUCUGAGCAUUAUACUGUCAUCAGACAACAGAAACAAAGUAUGCCAUUACAAAGGGACCCUUACAAUGCUAUUGAUGCCAUAGACCCAGAGAAACUGAACGUCUUUCGAACAGUCAGAGAAAUAACAGGUUUUCUGAACAUACAAUCAUGGCCCCCAAAUAUGACAGAUUUCAGUGUUUUCUCCAACCUGGUCACCAUUGGAGGAAGAGUCCUCUAUAGUGGUCUCUCAUUGCUUAUCCUCAAACAACAAGGUAUCACUUCUCUACAGUUCCAGUCUCUGAAGGAAAUCAGUGCAGGCAACAUCUAUAUCACUGACAACAGCAACCUGUGUUAUUACCAUACCAUUAACUGGACAACACUCUUCAGUACCAUUAACCAGAGAAUAGUGAUCCGAGAUAACAGAAGAGCUGAGAACUGUACUGCUGAAGGGAUGGUGUGCAACCACCUAUGUUCAAAUGAUGGUUGUUGGGGACCUGGGCCAGACCAGUGCCUAUCAUGUCGGCGUUUCAGCAGGGGAAAGAUCUGCAUAGAGUCUUGCAACCUUUAUGAUGGGGAAUUUCGAGAGUUUGAAAAUGGCUCCAUCUGUGUUGAGUGUGACUCCCAGUGUGAGAAAAUGGAAGAUGGACUCCUCACAUGUCAUGGACCGGGACCUGACAACUGUACAAAGUGUUCUCAUUUUAAGGAUGGUCCAAACUGUGUGGAGAAAUGUCCAGAUGGCCUACAGGGAGCGAACAGUUUCAUUUUUAAGUAUGCAGAUCAGGAUCGGGAAUGCCACCCUUGCCAUCCAAACUGCACCCAGGGGUGUAACGGUCCCACUAGUCAUGACUGCAUUUACUACCCAUGGACGGGCCAUUCCACUUUACCACAACACGCUAGAACUCCACUGAUUGCAGCCGGAGUCAUUGGCGGCCUCUUCAUCCUGGUCAUCAUGGCGCUGACAUUUGCCGUUUAUGUCAGAAGAAAAAGCAUCAAAAAGAAACGUGCUUUGAGGAGAUUCCUGGAGACAGAGCUGGUAGAGCCCUUAACCCCCAGUGGCACAGCACCCAAUCAGGCUCAACUUCGCAUUUUGAAGGAAACAGAACUUAAGAGGGUAAAAGUCCUUGGUUCGGGAGCUUUUGGAACAGUUUAUAAAGGUAUAUGGGUGCCUGAAGGUGAAACAGUGAAAAUCCCUGUGGCUAUUAAGCUCCUCAAUGAGACAACUGGCCCCAAAGCCAAUGUGGAGUUCAUGGAUGAGGCUCUGAUCAUGGCAAGUAUGGACCACCCACACCUAGUUCGCUUACUGGGCGUGUGUCUCAGCCCCACUAUCCAGUUGGUUACCCAGCUGAUGCCGCAUGGCUGCCUACUGGACUAUGUUCAUGAACACAAGGAUAACAUUGGAUCACAGCUGCUGUUGAACUGGUGUGUCCAGAUUGCUAAGGGAAUGAUGUACCUGGAAGAAAGACGGCUUGUUCAUCGGGACUUGGCAGCCCGCAAUGUCUUAGUGAAAUCUCCAAAUCAUGUUAAAAUCACAGAUUUUGGACUGGCACGACUAUUGGAAGGAGAUGAAAAAGAAUACAAUGCUGAUGGUGGCAAGAUGCCGAUUAAAUGGAUGGCUCUGGAAUGUAUACAUUAUAGGAAAUUCACACAUCAAAGUGAUGUUUGGAGCUAUGGCGUCACUAUAUGGGAACUGAUGACCUUUGGAGGAAAACCCUAUGAUGGAAUUCCAACCCGAGAAAUCCCUGAUUUAUUAGAGAAAGGAGAGCGUUUGCCUCAGCCUCCCAUCUGCACUAUCGAUGUUUACAUGGUCAUGGUCAAAUGUUGGAUGAUCGAUGCUGACAGCAGACCUAAAUUCAAAGAACUGGCUGCUGAGUUUUCCAGGAUGGCUAGAGACCCUCAAAGAUACCUAGUUAUUCAGGGUGAUGAUCGUAUGAAGCUUCCCAGUCCAAAUGACAGCAAAUUCUUCCAGAAUCUCUUGGAUGAAGAGGAUUUGGAAGAUAUGAUGGAUGCCGAGGAAUAUUUGGUCCCCCAAGCUUUCAACAUCCCUCCUCCUAUCUAUACAUCCAGAACAAGAAUUGAUUCCAAUAGGAGUGAAAUUGGACACAGCCCUCCUCCUGCCUACACCCCCAUGUCGGGAAAUCAGUUUGUGUACCAGGAUGGGGGCUUUGCUCCACAACAAGGAAUGCCUAUGCCCUACAGAGCCACAACCAGCACCAUACCAGAGGCUCCAGUCGCUCAGGGUGCAACGGCUGAAAUGUUCGAUGACUCCUGCUGUAAUGGUACCCUACGAAAGCCAGUGGUACCCCAUGUCCAAGAGGACAGUAGCACUCAGAGAUAUAGUGCUGAUCCCACAGUGUUUGCCCCAGAACGGAACCCUCGAGGAGAACUGGAUGAAGAAGGCUACAUGACUCCUAUGCAUGACAAGCCCAAACAAGAAUAUCUGAAUCCUGUGGAAGAGAACCCUUUUGUGUCCCGGAGGAAGAAUGGAGACCUUCAAGCUUUAGAUAACCCGGAGUAUCACAGCGCUUCCAGCGGUCCACCCAAGGCGGAGGAUGAAUACGUGAAUGAGCCUCUUUACCUCAACACCUUCGCCAAUGCCUUGGGUAAUGCAGAGUACAUGAAAAACAGCGUACUGUCUGUGCCAGAAAAAGCCAAGAAAGCAUUUGACAACCCCGACUACUGGAACCACAGCCUGCCACCCCGGAGCACCCUUCAGCACCCAGACUACCUGCAGGAAUACAGCACAAAAUAUUUUUAUAAACAGAAUGGACGGAUCCGCCCUAUUGUGGCAGAGAACCCUGAGUACCUCUCGGAGUUCUCACUGAAGCCAGGCACUAUGCUGCCCCCACCGCCCUACAGACACCGGAAUACUGUGGUGUGA